AUUGCUAAAUAUAAACGUAAGCACCACUCUUGAAUCUAUUGCAAUGAGUGCGUUUCCAGAAUGUAUUGCGACGGAUUCACUGUCGUCCAUUAAUCUUGUCGAGCAACAGAAGCGUAUUUCAGACGCGAAGGUCAAACCAAAGUCAGCGACAGAUGCUUUAGACGUGGUAACAAAAGUUUUGGAUGAUAUUCCGGGAACAGCAGCUCCAGCAUCAGCGCCAGUAAAACGGUCAAGUUUAAAGAAGGGUAAAAAAGCUAAUCCCACAGAUGCAAUUCGAUACAGGAUGUGGCAGGAGCAUCGUCAUCGUUUGCUGGAAGUGGUGAGCGAUCUGGAUAAUAAGCCGCCGGGUUUCCAGGCGGUACGAAAGACGGGCUGCAAUUCAUUGACGGACAAUGCAAUUGCCUAUAUGAAUCGAACCAAGGAGAAUAUACAGAUGCUGCUGGGAAUAUCGCUGACACAGCGGACUCAUGGUGCCAUCAAUCCCUUUCGGUAUGAGCAACCUUAUGUCAUGUCUGCCGUGCCGGGAAUCGUCAGCAAUCUGGAGCGAUUGGAGAUGGAUAAUAUGGAGCUGGGCAAGCGCAUCAAUGAAAUAACCGGUGAGGUUGACUCUGGAUUAAAUUCCGACACACGCCCGGGGAAACAGAGCAAUCAACAGUCUGCUCCAGAAGUGUUUUCUCUGCCCGACGAGGCGUUGGCCAAGUACAAGCCCUUCAACAUCAAGAUACCCGCCUCGGAUAAGGAGCGCCGACAAGUGUUUCGUCCCCGCAUCUACUUUGACAUCUAUCUGAAGGAUGUGCGUCCACUUGGCCGGAUUGUCGUCCAACUCUACACCGAGGCGGCGCCAGUUGUGGUCCUGCAACUUGUGAGAGCCUGCAUGUGCAACAUGAACAACAAGUUCCAUAUCAAAAGACUUUUCCCAGAUCUGUGGCUAGAAGUUGAGAUGCCAUUGGAAAACAAUUCACCGUUGCAGCGUCCGUUGGAGUAUGAUGCCAAGGUUAUUGAUCACGGUGCCUCCAGUUAUGUGCUGUCCUUCAGCAAGGACUACUUGCAGGGUUUCCGUGAUCACCUGUCCUUCUCCCUGUCCUUUAAGCCCCUGAACGUUGCCAACGGCUCACGCGUUGGCUUUGGCCGUGUUAUCAAGAAUAGUAAAAUCUUCGACUGUCUUCAGAUUUAUGGCACCAAGAACGGCACUCUCAGCCGAGGCAUCAUCUUUACGGGUUGUGGCGUUGUUUAAAUUCUAGAUUGUCGAAAUUUUAUGUAACUCUAUCAGUGUAUUAAAGAAGUGUUUACGGAAUGUAA